UGAAUGAUCCAUCCAGGCCCAGCCACCAAAUCAAUCGGCUCCUCAUCGUCAACCUCGCUCUCCUCCGACACCGCCCACCGCCCACCAUCGCCGCCGCCGCCUAGGCUUCUUCUUCCCCUUCUCCCGCUGGCGUCGGGCACCCUGGACUCGAGCGCAGGUCGCCCCACCCUAGGCGAGUAGGCGACCCGGCGGGAAGCGGAGCAGGCGAGCAGCGGUGCGGCGACCGCCGGAGCAGGCUGCAGGCACCGCGACGUCAAAGGCCCAGGACUCCACUCGCCAGGUGAGGAAUGGCUUCUAGCGUGGAGCGGAGGGACCAUUCCUCCCGUAGGUCGGGGCACACAAGAUCCCGUUCUCCGGUGAGGGAGCGUGUAUCGUCUCCACGCAAGCAGAGCCCGUCAGCUCGUAAGGAGAGGUCGCGGGCUGAGAGGACUCGCUCACCUAGGAGGCGGUCUCCUGUUAAGGCCAGCCUUUCACACAGGGAGAGGUCGCCACAGAGAGAGAAGGUGAAAGAGCGGGUCAGGUCGCCGAAACACACUCGGGCACUGUCACGGUCCCCAUCACCUGCUGGGAAACGGGAGCCUCGGUCGCUCUCACCACGGUCCAGGAGACUAAAGAGAGCUCAGGAUGAGCGUGAAAGGUCAGAAGUAAUUGAGGGCGACCAUCGGAAGCCUCCCAGCAGGGAAGAACGGAGUACACGGAAGCACAGGGAGCGUGAUGAGGGGAGGGAUGCAUCAAGAGAUAGGAAGGUGGACGGAAGACUGGAUAAUGAUGACGGGAGGGAUCACUCUCACUCAAGAGAUAGAAGGGCUGACAGGGAUGACCGGUCAGGUGCUUCAAGAGAUGCACGGUCAAGCCGGGAUGAUGAAAGGAAUGAUUCAAGAGGGAAAAGGUCAGAUCCAUAUGAUCGAAAAGGUGCUUCCAGGGAGCAAAGGACAGACCAGGAUGAUAGAAGGGAUUCCGCACGACAGAGAAUGUCAGAUCGGCAUGAGAAUAAUGCUGGAUCAGGAAGAUCAUCUAGGCGUGGCCGAUCAGUGUCUCCAGAAGAGAAUACACAUAGGGGCAGGCAUGAAUCUCACUCAUCACCAAGGGCAUCCAGAAGUGCAGCACGUCUUGAGGAUACAAGCUCUAGAGCAGAUGGAGCAUCCCGGAGUGGUGAUCCUGAUUCAUUGGCAAUGAUGAAUACUGCUGCAGAAGCUCUGGAGGUGAAAGAGAAGCAAAAACCGUCAUUUGAGUUGUCUGGAAAGCUUGCCGAGGAGACUAACAAAGUUGGAGGUAUAACUCUGUUGUAUUCAGAACCUUCAGAGGCUCGCAAAUCAGAUAUUAGAUGGAGACUCUAUGUCUUUAAGGGUGGUGAAGCACUGAAUGAACCACUGUAUGUUCAUCGUAUGAGCCACUACCUUUUUGGAAGGGAAAGGAGGAUUGCGGAUGUCCCCACAGAUCAUCCCUCCUGCAGCAAGCAACAUGCAGUUCUUCAAUAUAGACUUGUAGAGAAGGAGCAACCAGAUGGCAUGAUGGCACAGAAAGUGAGGCCAUAUCUGAUGGAUCUUGGUAGUACCAAUGGGACAUUUAUUAAUGAGAAUCGUAUUGAGCCUCACCGUUACUACGAACUCUUUGAAAGGGACAACAUUAAGUUUGGCAAUAGUAGUCGGGAGUAUGUCUUGCUCCAUGAGAACUCCACAGAAUGAGGAAAAGAAGACACAGAUGAGUCGAAGAUGUAAAGCGCAGUAGGAGCUGUACCUGAAAACAUUUUGACCUACUGAGGAUAUUUUAUGGACCGUCGAGACAUUGUAGGUGUGCUAGCAUGUUUCCUAGAUGGUUGUUUAUGGUGUCUUAGCAAGGACGGCGAACUCUGUGGCGGGGUGAUGCAGUGGAGCUUUAGCUUGUAGCCCCCUCAUUUGAGUAUUGUUGGUAUCUGAAUGUUUUGUUCUUGCUGAUCAACUAAUACUGGACUUGGCAUAAUCUGGUGUACUCUCUAUGGUUGUACUGUAGCAUUUUGGCGAACCUGAAUCUUGUACUGUACUUUGUUGCUUGGUUUUGAAUCAGAAGGACCUGAAAGGUUUUUUUA